CGGGAAACCUCGCCGAAUUUCAGUUUUUCGGCGUUAUUCUCGCCGCAAUGGAAGGCAACGCCACCGGAAUCGGCCGAGUUCUGGUGUUGGCCUUUUACGUCGCUGGGAUCUGGUCGGCGUAUAUCUCGCACGGCAUUCUUCAAGAAACUCUGUCCACCAAGCGAUUUGGCCCAGAUGGGAAGCGGUUCGAACACCUAUCAUUUUUGAACCUUGUACAAAAUGUCAUUUGUUUUCUUUGGUCAUUGAUAAUGAUAAAGCUAUGGUCCAGAAGUACCCGCGGUGCUCCGUGGUGGAGUUAUUGGAGUGCCAGCAUCACAAACACGAUUGGUCCGGCAAUGGGAAUUGAAGCAUUGAAGUACAUUAGUUACCCAGCACAGGCAUGAUCAACUGUUCCUUGAUUCGGUUUUGAUAUGGUUGCUUUAUUGAUUAUAGUGAUGGUUCUGGAAGAUGCUUUUACUGAUUAUAGUGAUGCUC